CUAUGGCGCAAUCGGUCGUUUUCGAUGUUCAGCGGAAGUCGCGGUAUCACGGGAAUCAGGGUAGACGGGCGCUGGAAGAGCAGGUUCGUAGACACGUUUGGUGUCGUGAGAGAACCUGAGGUGCCCUGUCGCAGUGGAUGAGAAUACGAUGCAUUGGAGCGCCUGGGCAAUCUAGGAUAUGUGAGGGAUGUUGGCCGCAGUUCUCCAGACCUACCAGACCUAAGACCGACAAUGUGGGGCUAGGAUUAUGGGCUAGAUCUCCCGGCACAACUUCCGAGACGCCAGACCCCCGAAUUCUGCAAGGUCCAAGGGCCCAAGUCAUGCCUGCUCACCUCGAUAAGGAAGUGAGUGAUUGCGAUGCUGCGAAAAUGUUUCUGUCGGACCGAACAUCGCCCUGGUCAGCUUGUUCAAGGCCAUCGUCUUGUCUGAAGAACUGCACAGCAUCUUCUGCGGUCAUCUCGUGCCGACGUCUGAGCGAAUUGUGUCUCAGGCCUUCCGCAACAGGCAGGACGCCCUAUCAGGAUGAAACGCUUGCCGAAAUACCAAGACUUUUAAACAAUGCGAUGACCGCCAACGACGAUGGCGAUCGUUUCCAAUUCUCCCAUCGCUCUUGACGGACUUUCCUCGCUCAUCAAUGCGCAAUGACCACAGAUCGACAGGGCAUAAGUUUCAUUAACGGGCCAUUGUCGGUUGCUAUCGUGAAGUUUUCGAUCAAAGAGGAAGAGCUUGGACAUGCUGCUGCGGUUUUGGAAGUGACGAGGAGGACAAGAGCAUGAACGAGCGCUGAAAAUUGCCAAGAAGCUCCGGAACAGUCGGCGCACGGAGUGCUCCAGCCCGUGAUCCUUGCUGACACUCGAACGCUCACAC